AUGGGAUCCAGCCCAGCCCGUGUCCCUCUCUGCCAGCCCGCUGCCAGCCGCUCAUGUCCAGAGGAGCGGAAACAGACGCUGAUCGUGAUCCGAGCGGCGGAGGCGGACCCGCCGCGGAGGACCGGCUGGAGCUGCAGGGCCAUGGCUGCUUCCUGGAGGUUCACUCAGCAUCCGCUCUUCUGCUUUAUAGUCAUCUCCACUCUUUCACUCUCGCUGCUCUUCAGUGGAGAAUUCCCAGCAGAGCACAUCGACCCCGCCGCCAUCGAUCUCACCCCUCUGGUCAAUACUUUAAUAAAUUCAAGCCAAUCGGGCCAGCGGCAGCUCUUCUCCCUGCUCAGCGUGACGUCCUACAGCUCCCUGGCUCUCCACAAGCUCACCCUGCUGCUCUACAACAUUUCCAGCAUCAGAAGUCUAGAGAACGACGUGUUCAGGAGACGGUUCUGCUACUGCGUCUCCAACGAGACCAACGACCUGACAGACUUCACGGCCAUCCUGUUAGACGUGAUGGGGAACUCCAGCAGCUACCUGCAGGAGCUCUUCAAAUCCGCCUCCAUCGUCUCCGUAAGCCAGAGGAACAACUCCGACUGCAUCUACAUCUGUGUGAUGGCAGGGAAAAUGGGUGAACAGGUGCCGGCGCUGUGGGACGUCGGCUCCAUCACGCCGCUCUUCAACCAGACCAUCGUCGAAGGACCGCACCGAGACUCCCGCUCGCGUCUAUUUAAAUCUUCAGGAUGGCACCAGCUGCCCACCAACCUGAGUCACAUGUCUUCAUCUGGGCCGAGCUGGGCGCUCACCAGCAGGGUCCACUCCACCGCUCACGCUUCGCCACCGCCUGUGGACGAAACGGCGGCGGCAACAGAGACGACCACGGCUCAGCGGCCCCGAGGACGCCACGCCGCCGGGCCGCCCCGCCGAGAGGCCCGGCACGGCGUCUGGAAGACCCGGGCCAGGCGGAACCACGAGAACCGUGGAGGCUCGGGCCCGGCGAGGGCCGUGGCGGACGGCGGCGAGGCCGUGGCGGACGGCGGCGCCACCACCGUCGGCGCUCACAAGCUGCAGCCCUGCGUCCUGGAGCUCUGCAAGUUCUUCUCCCAGUGCCUGUGCCGGCCGCUCGGACACAAGACACCCAUGAAGAGGUUCUGUGAGGACAGCCACCGCUGGUACGAGAAGCACACGGCCGAGGUGUGUCGGCGCGUCCGAAGAGUGUCCUUCUCCAGAAACCUGAAGCAGAGGUGCCUGACGAAGAUGUGCCUGAAGCUGUGA